AUGCGCCAGAAUGAAUUGUCAUUAGAAGUAGGAGAUGAAGUGUACCUGAAGCUGAGAGUCUUCAGAGGAAAUAAGAGGCACCAGAAGCUGAAAAAGCUUAAGCCAAUGUAUAUGGGACCAUAUCCUAUAGUCGAACGAAUUGGAGAAGUUGCAUAUUUACUACAACUGCCUCAGGAGUUGUCUGAACUUCAUGAUGUGUUGCACAUUUCGCUACUGAGGAAGGUAGUAAGAGAACCAGAGUUCAUUUUGCCUAAUCCACCAAUCGACUUAGAAGGGAAUAAGGUUGAUGGUAAAAAGACCAAGAUAGUAAAAAUUAGAUGGGUAAGAGAUAGCAUUCGCGAGGAAACAUGGGAGUUGGAGCAGCAGAUGAGAUAUGAGUACCCUGAACUCUUUCCGGACGAAAUGGAAACCAAUGAGGAGGGAAUGUAUUUGGGGACAAAUUCUUUUUGA